AUGGAGCACCUAAAUAUCACUGAUCCUCAUGUUCAUUCUCCUUUCUACUUCACUACGUCAGUCAACGAUUUCGAUACCAUCGAAGAUUUUGAAGCAAAGGUACUCUGCUUAGCAGGGACAAAAAAACCUGGGGAUUUUUCCUACACUGAAGUGCCUCCCUCCUGGGCAAUCCGAGUGUUUAAAGCUCUAGACGAGGAAUAUCCACACAGAAAAACUUGGAAUAGCAAAGAUCUUGUUCUAAGGCUUAAAAUGCCGGUCCGUGUCCAUGAUUGCCACCAGGCAUGGAUCUCGGGAGAAAUGCAGGAAUGGCGGACUGUGCCUGGUCUAUGGUCACAAGCAGACAAUCGGCUCUGUGGCCUUGGAGUGGGUACCACGAUCGACUAUACCACAGGACCGUUGAGCGGCUCGAAGAAAGAGCCAGAUCUGUUGUUUUGUGUCAACUCAUUACCGUACCCAACCUUCGCCAUCGAGUCGGGGUGGUCUGAGUCCGCUCCAGCCCUCAUGCGCGAUAAAGAUUUACUGCUCAAUGCAGCACAGGGUGAAACUUCAGUUGUUAUUAUUAUCAAAUGGAAAAAGAAUGUUCACAACCAAGUCUCAGCGGGCUUGAAAGUGUUCCGCUGGGGACAGCCUAUCCCAACUGAGGUUAUGACAAUAUUCCCCCGGCCUGCCAAUAGCAGCCAACAGGUUAUCAAUUUAACUCGCAGAGAGGUAAUGGGUCAAGCUUUGCCAUGGGGAAGCAACCCCAACGAUAUUCUACCUCUGCAUGUUGACGAAUUGCGCUCCCGUGCCGUCUAUUAUUUGAACAUUAUGGGCCUCACUCAUGCCUGA